GGAGCUCAGAGUUCAUCUGUGCUGUCACAGUUCAGAUAUACCCUGGCCCUCCUUGUGUUGGUAAUAAGCUUGUGAAUUUUUGGACAAGGCACAGUUUGGUGCAUCUCCACCGCUGUGAUGAAAAUGGACGUGGAGAAGGGUCGUCAUCGGUCCAGGGGUAUGAGCACCCUGGAAAAGGGUCUGAUAUUUCUCUUCGUGGCCAUGACCGGCACCUGCAUCGGCCUUGUGGUCGUCUACUUCACUGACAAAGCUGACUCUUCUACUCAUGCAGAGGGGCCGGACUCAGGGUGUGGUGAUCCUCAGGAGCUGUCUGGAGAGUCAGGCACCUUCACCAGCUCCAACUAUCCCAGUAGCUACGUCAAUGGUAAAAGCUGCACCUGGCAAAUCACUGUGGAGCCUGACAAGGUGAUCCAUCUGUGGUUUGAGGAGUUUGCUUUGGAGGACACCCAGCUCUGCAUGGCAGACUUCAUCACACUGAGAGACUCUCUGGGAAUCAUUGGUAAAUACUGUGGCUACACCAAACCGAAGCCGCUGGUGUCACUUACCAACCGCCUGACGGUUUACUUCAACACCAAUGACAGAAAAACAGACCAAGGAUUUAAAGCUCAUUACAAAGCUGUGGCUCCAGAGCUCACAUCAGGAAUAGCCGGAGCCGGUGGCUUUCUCCAAGGUGACCAGGGGGAUCUGAUGACCCCCGGCUUCCCAGAGCAGAACUACCUGAAUGGAGUACUAUACCAGUGGAGAAUCACUGUGCCUGGAGGAGAGAGGGUUCGACUGACUUUUACUUCCUUUGACCUGGUCCCUGAGGUCUGUGGAGACUUUGUUCAGGUCUACGAUGGCUACAAGGCCGGCUCUUCUUCAGUAGGUAAAUUCUGUGGUGGGAAGAUGCCAAAGCCAGUGGAGUCCAGUAGCAACACAAUGGUGGUCCGCUUCAAAUCAGACAGCCGUUUAACUUCUAAAGGAUUCAGAGCAACUUACACCAAGUCCAGCCGUCCACCUGUCGUUACUCCCACCACAACACCACCCAGACCCACCACACAAACCCCUCCACCUCCCACAUCUUCUGGAAGUGGUGGUCCAGUAAUCCUCCAGGGGCGUAAAGGAGUGAUCCAGUCCUUGGGAUUCCCAAAUCCAUAUCCUGCUCAUCUAAAUAGCUCCUGGAAGAUAUCUGUGCCCAAAGGAUUCCUGGUUAAACUGCAGAUCACUGAUAUGGCCAUCACAGGAGAGACUGGACAAUGCAAGGAGGACAAACUGGUCAUCUCAGACAAUUACAGCACACUAGGUACACACUGUGGCUACAUCCUUCCCCCAGUGGUGGUCAGUGCCAGUGACACAAUAUCUGUCACCUUCCAGUCCGACAGUCGCCUCACAGAUCGAGGAUUCUCAGCCAAGUGGGAGGCUGUGUAUCCUGACGAUAUCGCAGAAAUCCAGGGCUGUGGCUUUUCUUCCAAAGAUGAAACAGGGGUUAUAAAGUCCCAGAACUGGCCUAUGAACUACAAGGCUAACACUGAGUGCAUGUGGAACAUCGCUUUGCCUUUGGGGAAGAAAAUCACCCUGAAUUUUACCCACUUUGACCUAGAAGCCAAAGAUUUCCUAACAUCCAAAUGCUUUGAUAACAUAAUGGUGUACGACAUCAGUAGUCUGACUAAUGCGCAGAUUAAAAAACACGGUCCAUUUUGCGGGACUAAGCUGCCUCUUACCAUCCAGACAAAAGGCAACAGGCUGGUGAUUCGUUUCCACACAGACUUGUUUACUGAGGCCAAAGGCUUCAGGGCCUACUGGACAACAAACCCCACUUUGCCUGCUCCCACUGAGCCGCCUGUUCAGCCCAACCCCUGGGACAACAUCCCCAUAGACUGGCCCAGUCCAUGUGGGAAACCAGCCAUCCCUCCUGUUGUUGCGUCACGCAUUGUGAACGGAGAGGCAGCCAAGCCACACUCCUGGCCCUGGCAAGUGUCCAUGCAGGUCUGGCCGGACAGUCGUCCAGAACCCACAUUUUUCCACACCUGUGGUGGUACUCUCAUUCAUAAGAACUGGGUACUUACAGCAGCCCACUGCUUCAUAAGAUACGCUGAUGAGCUGCAGCGUUGGCGCAUGUGCCUUGGCAAACACAACCUGACCUACACAGAGCCGAGUGAACACUGCUUCAAUGUGUCUGGUAUCUAUCGCCAUGAGGGCUUCAAGUAUCCCACAGUGCCCACCGUGGAGUUUGACAUUGCCCUGGUCAGGUUGGACGGGGAGGUGAUACCCAGUGAUGAGAUCUCGUACGCCUGCCUUCCCUCUGAGGAGGAAGUCCUAGCUGGGGGCAAGAAGUGCUACGCCACCGGCUGGGGAGAUGAGACCGGUGAUUCAAUGAAUGCUAAAGUCGCAGAGGCCCUUAACCAGGUCGCUCUGCCUGUUGUGCCGUAUGACACCUGCAAGAGGAUGGAUUACUGGUGGUUCCAGGUCAAGACCUCCAUGAUCUGCUGUGGUUAUACCCUGCCUGAUGAGCUCAAGUCUGUCUGUCAGGGAGAUUCAGGUGGUCCUUUGGUGUGCCAGGAUACCCCCGGCGGUCCUUGGGAAGUUCAUGGUAUAACCAGCUUUGGUCCUAUUGGAUGCAUUAUGAAUAAGAAGCCCUCCGUGUUCACCCGCUCCUCUGCCUACCUCCCCUGGAUCAAAAAUGUCAUGCGCAGAGACAUCUACAAUGAGCACACAUCUGGUUGUGGAGGGCCAAAGGACUUGACUGGCACAAGAGGCACGGUGUCCUCUAUGGGUUACCCUGGCAACUACAACAACAAAGCCAGCUGCCAGUGGAACAUCCAGGUGCCCCUCGGCAAAGUGGUCCACCUCCAUUUCCACAAUUUCUCCCUGGAGGAGAGUCAGAUGUGCAUGAAUGACAAAGUCAGACUCACAGACAGGAUAGGAAGUCUAGGCACACACUGCAGCUAUGUACCCCCUAAAGACCUUGUGAGCGAUGGAAACACACUUCACAUCAGCUUCUCCUCCAAUGACAAGGUGGUGGACACGGGCUUCAAUGCCUCCUGGAGGGCAGUAGACUCUACAGAAGCUCCUUGUGGAGGGAGCUUCAGCAGUAAUCAGGGUGAAAUCACCUCUCCUAACUGGCCCAGUGACUACCAAGCCCAGUCUGUGUGCACAUGGCGUAUCACCAUUCCUUCAGCAAAAAGUGUCCAUGUAGCCUUCACUCACUUUGAAUUGCAAGCUACAAACAUGUUAGGAAACUGUGUGGACUAUGUGGAGAUCUUCAAUGGAAAAAGCAUGGCAUCACUAGGUCGAUUCUGCGGCUUUGCCCCUCCACCCAUCAUCACCAUUCCUAGCAACACAGUCGUUGUUCGCUUCCUUAGUAACGGAGACAAUCAACAGAAGGGGUUUCGUGGUUACUGGACCACUGACACCAGUGUUAUCCCAACUUUACCUCCUCCACCUCCUAACCCAUGGGACAACAUCCCUAUCAACUGGCCAGUAAGUUGUGGAAACCCAGAAGUGACACCAAAUACAGCCACCCCGAGGGUGGUUAAUGGGGAAGAGGCGAUCCCCCACUCCUGGCCCUGGCAGGUCUCCAUGCAGGCUUCACCAAUGUAUCUCAUACCUUACAUGCACGGUUGUGGAGGAUCUUUGAUCCACGAAGAAUGGAUCCUAACUGCUGCUCAUUGUUUCAUGUUCCCACUGAAUAAGUCCUCCUACUGGCGCAUGUGUUUGGGGAAGCACCACAUGAACUCCUCCAUGGACGUUCCCUCAUCAGAGGAAUGCUAUAAGGUGGAUGGCAUCAUCCGCCACAAGGGAUUCGUCUACGAGCAGGAUCGCACUGACAUCACCAAUGACAUAGCCCUGGUGCAUUUGGCCAAGCCUGUCAACAUGACGAGGGAGAUCAGCCCCAUCUGUCUGCCCAAACCUGGGGCUGUGAUGCCUGCUGGGACACCCUGCUUUGUCACCGGAUGGGGAGACGAGAAAGGUAACAUCUUCCCCAAAGUGGCUGAGAAGUUAAAUCAGGCAGCCCUUCCUAUUAUUAACUUCCAGACCUGCAGUAAACCUGCUUACUGGUGGGACACCCUGCGGCCCUCCAUGAUCUGUGCUGGCUAUGAGUCCCCAGAUGAGCUCAAGUCAGCCUGCCAGGGUGACUCUGGGGGUCCUUUCGCCUGCGCAGCCGCUGGAACAAACACAACCUGGGAGGUGCAUGGUGUCGUCAGCUUUGGCCCUCAGGGCUGCAUCAGAGACAAGAAACCCUCAGUAUUCACCCGCGUCUCUGCCUUCAGUGACUGGAUCAACGACAACAUCAAGAAGUUUAUAUAUGAAAGUGGUAAAACCAACUAAAGCGCACAUCUUGAAAUAAAGAUUUUUGACAGUG